CAACGAACAGACGACGACUGACCUGACCAUGAUUGUAUUGUUUAGGACAAUAGGAAGAGACGCAAAAGACGAAGAAUAAUAACAACAAAGAAAAGUCAACAGAGGGGGCGUUAUUUUGAAACAGGACUGGUAGGAUGAUGUCUUCAUUAUGCUGGUGCCUCGGAUACGUGCUGUUUCUAACAGGACUCGCAGCGAUAGAUACGAGCAAUAAUCUAACAGAUUCUGAAGUAAGCAGCGUCAAGAAUGUAUAUUAUUUUCAGCCUGAACAGGUUCAUCUGUCUAUGGGAGAAAAUGAAUCUUCUAUAGUAGUGACCUGGUCAACGUUUAACUACACUGACUCCGUUGUUGAGUACGGUAUCAAUGGACUAGUUCUGAGAGCCACAGGGAAUACUACCACAUUUGUAGAUGGAGGAACGCUCAAACGGGUUCAGUACAUACACAGGGUCACACUGAACAAGCUGCUGCCUAAAACUCAUUACAUUUAUCACUGUGGGAGUGACUUGGGUUGGUCUCCAGUGUUCUAUUUCAAUUCCUUGCCUGUCGGCACGGACUGGUCACCUCGUCUCGCCGUGUAUGGAGAUCUGGGCAACGAUAAUGCUCAGUCACUACCAAGACUCCAGGAGGAGACUGUUAAAAAUCGUUAUGAUAUGUUCUUACACGUUGGCGAUUUUGCAUAUGACAUGUAUCAAGAGAAUGGAGAGAUUGGUAAUGAGUUCAUGAGGCAGAUAGAACCAAUUGCGGCAUAUGCUCCCUAUAUGGUGGCUGUUGGCAAUCAUGAAGAGAGAUACAACUUCAGCCACUACAGUGAGCGUUUUUCCAUGCCUAGGACCAAGGACAACAUGUUCUACAGUUUUAACCUGGGUCCUGCCCACUUUAUCGGCUUCUCCACAGAGGCUUACUACUUCCUGAACUAUGGCAUCAAACAGGUUGUCUUACAAUACCAGUGGCUGGAGGAUGACCUCAAGGAAGCCACAAAGCCAGAGAACAGGGCCAAGCGACCUUGGAUAAUCACGUUUGGCCAUCGUCCCAUGUACUGCUCUGACGAUGAUAAAGAUGAUUGUCUCAACGAUGAGUCUCUCAUUAGAUCUGGGCUGCCUAUUGUCAAAUGGUUUGGACUGGAAGAUCUGUUUUAUAAAUAUGGGGUAGACCUGGAGAUCUGGGCCCAUGAGCAUUCAUAUGAGAGACUCUGGCCUGUCUACAAUCACAAGGUGUACAAUGGUAGUUGGGACGAGCCUUACCGCAACCCUGGGGCUCCAGUGCACAUUAUUACUGGCUCAGCGGGCUGUGAGGAAAAGACAGAUCCCUUCAUUCCUCAUCCUCGAGAUUGGUCAGCCUUCCGAACGUCUGAUUAUGGCUAUGCUCGCAUGCAGAUCUUCAACUCUUCCCAUCUUUACCUGGAGCAGGUGUCCGACAACUUGGGCGGAGCUGUGUUGGAUCACAUCUGGCUUAUCAAAGAUCACCAUGGAAAGUAUGAGCUCGAUGUAGAUAUAUAGAAUAUAUAAUAUAUUUUGCUCAAAUUGCUCUUUUAACAUGUAAAAUACAUGUACCUUGUUAUGUACAGUACCUUAAUAAAUGUACCAUGAUUUUAUUUUACUAUCUUUAAACCGUUGCAUUUUACUAGAAAAUGGCAUUUUAUUACAGUUAAAACAUGUUUGUGAUAAAUAUUCAGUUUAUAGGGUAAUAUUUCAUUCCUGAUAAUAUUAUGGUAUGAGUGUACAAUUGAUUAGUUAUAGUUUAAUAUCAGAUAGAUUACGUAAUUAUUUAUUAUUUUUAAAACAGUAAUAUGUACAUUGUAUUGUAAGGCACAUCACGCAUUACUUGGCAAUAAAUAAACAAUGAGAUGGUUUCAUUAAUAUCGCAGCCAGUUCUGAGGUUUGUUAAAAUGUAGGAGGGGACCUGAAAGUUUGCAUGUGGAGCAUAUAUUUGAAAAAAGCAAGCAUUAAAUUUAGCAUUAGACUUGGAAACUUGCAAUAUCAUUUACAGGACCAGUGACAGUGUCGGGAGGAGAUCAAUUUAUUUUCUCUUUUUUUGAGGAAGAUGCAGGAAAACCUGUAGUGUGGCAUUCUCACAAGAGACAUGAACUACCCACUAAAAACCUCCUCUAUACUUCAGGAUUCCAACCCGGUAACUGUUUGUCACAUUACUUUAGUUAGGUCUGAUUUUGAUUUAACCUAAGCCCUCAGGGUUUGUGCCGAACUGGCUCUCUAAGAACUAAGCUCCAGACCACAUGACAAUCCAGAUCAGCCUUCUUUGUAUGUAGAAUGUCCUGGACGAAGUGCAACAAACAGGCCCAGUGUUCCUGAGCAUCCAGCAUCACUUGGCAGGACCGAGUGCACCGAAAAAACACCAACAGUGCCUCUUGCCUCGUGUCAGAUGGAAGACUUUUUAUUAGAACAAUGUCGAUUGCUAAUGCUAUGUUGUACAACAUAUCAAUGUCUUCAGUUGUGUAUUGUUACAGUUUGUCACAGAUGGUUUACCUUCAAAAAAGAAAUUUAACAGAUAUUUUGCAAAAAUCCAAUGUUUAUCGUAAUCCAUAUUUAUCUGAUCACCUCUUCCUCAAGGAAAAUCUGCUUAAACGAUUCAUUAAAAAAUUGCUGUACUAGCUAAUUUAACCUUUAUUUGCCCAGCUAAUGAAGUGAUAGUAUCACACUUGGGAGUAAUGCUAUACACACUGUUGUGUCCAUAUAGAACCAUUAGACUGUUACUGAUUAAACAAUUGAUAUACUAGUUAGUUUAAGGGGAUACCGUACAAACAUUAUUUGUACUUGAUUUUAUCUCAGUAAAUUCUAACAGUGGCAAACAUUGCAGUAAAAGUCAUGAAUUGUGAAGAGUUUUUAUGUAUGAAGGCAAGUUUACCUCAAUUAAACAGAAAUCUGGUAUAUACUGGAAACUUUUUAAUACCAUCUCAUAUUUAUUUACUAAUGGAAUCAAACAUUUACCUUUACUUAUUAUUAAAUUGGUAAUGAAACCAUAUUCCUUUAUUUGAUCAAAACUUAAAAUUGAGUUAGUUUUGUAAACUUAGUUUUUAUUAGAUUAAGUUAACAACUGACAUAUCAAUAUUCAACCGAGGAUAGAAUAAUUGUGAUUUAGCUCUAGUCAACUGCAACAUUUCAACUGGCGUAAAGUGAAAGUGAUAUAUAGAUCAUAAUUUAACUUCCUCUUGUACUAAUGAUAAAAGCAAUAUAUUACAUGUAGAUCUUCUUCAGAUAUUACAUUUAACUUGUAAAAGUAGUAUUUAAAAGUUUAUCAAUUAUGUUUGUAUAUUUGCUGCAAUAAAAAUUAUUGGGUGAAA